AUGUCGACUGGCAUGGAUCAACGCGAGCUUGAGUCCUGCAUCAAGCAGCUCAAUAAGGUUGUACAGGCCAACGAGCCUCCUGCAACCGCUCUUGCUCUCCUUGAACGACUCAAGAAGGAGGCUGCCCCCACGGAAGAGAUGCUUCGGCUGACCUCGUUUGUACUCGACCAGUCUAGCAGAGCAGGUGUCUUCGUCGGCAAGCUUCGCCAGAACUCGAACAAGGAAAUUGCUCGCGCCGCUACCGAGCUCGUCCAUAAGUGGAAGAAGCUGGUCGAAGCCGAGAAGCAGGGCAAGAUCAAGAAGGGAUCGUCUCCGGCUGCUCCGUCGCCGACCCAGGCCCCGGCCCCGAAACCGUCUUCGUCAUCUGCGCUGAACCAACCCUUCAAGGGCAACACCGAGACUCGCCGCGCUAAGGCCGAUGGCGCCGACGUGAAGCGCACUAAUGAUGCUGUUCGCGAUUCCUGCAUCGAACUCCUCUACAAUGGCCUCGCAUACCGAUCCACCGCUUCCGUCAACGAUGUUCUUAACAAGGCCAUCGAGGUUGAGUUGGCUGCCCACAGCCAUUUCAAGGGUGUCACCAAGGAGUACCGUGAGAAGCUGCGCUCCCUGUUCAGCAACCUUAAAGUCAAGAGCAACCGCCAGCUUGGUGUCAAUGUUAUGGAAGGCAAGAUCACUCCUGCUCGGUUCGUGGUCAUGACCCACGAGGAGCUCAAGUCGGAAGAGCAGAGGAAGAAGGAGGAUGCUCUGCAGCAGGAGAACAUGAAGAAGGCCCAGGUUCCCAUGGCCGAGAAGAGUAUCAGCGAUGCUCUCAAGUGCGGCAAGUGUGGCCAGAAGAAAGUCAGCUACAGCCAGGCGCAGACUCGCAGUGCUGAUGAACCGAUGACGACAUUCUGCGAGUGCACCGUAUGCGGUAACCGCUGGAAGUUCUCUUGA